AUGAAGGUGGAAUCUGGAUGGAGAACUAGCAUUGUCCUGUUGGGGGGCCUCUGCCUUCUCUGUUUGGGCAUCUGGCAAAUCGUCGACCCAAGUGGGAUUCAGAAACUGCUCUCCAAUCGGUACCUGCAAGCAGGGUCUUACAUCGUUGUCUUUCUGGGAGUGAUGCUCGCAUUCAUGGGUUACGUGGGCUGCUAUGGAGCUAUAUCUGAUAAUCCAUGGAUGCUGUGUUAUUUCUGCGUGACCUUGCUGAUGCUGCUCAUGGUGGAGAUUACAGUUAUUUCACUCCUUCAAUUCAAGGGGAAGAGAAAGGUCCAGCAGGAUUAUAUCUGGCGUUUCAUGAAGGACAAUUAUCAAGGCGACCUAGGCUCUGAUGCAUUUUCUAGAGCUUGGAACACCUUCAUGAUCACGUUUGAAUGUUGUGGCGUUUCAGGACCUGAUGAUUUUAAAACUAGCUUGUAUUUUCUGGAAAACCAGCCAAAAGAUAAAUGGCCUGAAGCUUGCUGCACUCGGGCAGGUGUUGGAGAGAGUGCACCUAUUCAGAACUUGAUGCUCUGCAAAGAUGGACGUAAAGAGUAUUUCAAUAAUAAGGUGAGGGUAUUUGCCUAG